CAAAAUACAAAAGGUAACGUAGAACAAUAUACCAUAUCGAUAUCAUGCAAAGCAUCACUGCACCAUAUCAAUAACUAGCUACAACCACGGCCAAAUACAUAUUAUCAGCAGUCAGCGCAAUCGGAGUGGUGAUACGGAGCAUUUUGGAGAUCCAAUCUGUAUCUUUUACGCCUUAAAUCGAGCAACAAAAUACCGCCCCUACCCGACUUCAUCGCCUCCGUCCCUCUCGCUCCUCUCCCUCCUUUUAAACCCCCGCCUUUGAUCCCACCACCAGCACCACCCUGAAGACAGAGACAAACACACCCCGAGCUCCACGCAGGAGCAGCCACGCUCCAUUCCUGUGAUCUUGUCGCUGCUAGUUUGCUCGCCUCUCGUCUGCUCGCGUAUGUGCUGCCAUGGAGGCGGCGGAGCAGCUCGCGGUGGUGUGGAAGCAGGCCCGCGGCCCGGUGAUCGUGCCGCUGCUGCGCGCGUCCGUGAUGGUCUGCCUCGCCAUGUGCGUGAUCCUGUUCGUGGAGAAGGUGUACAUGGCCGUCGUGGUCGUGGCGAUGAGGCUGCUCGGCCGCCGCCCCGAGCGGCAGUGGCGGUGGGAGCCCGUCCGCGACGACGACCCCGAGCUCGGCAGCGCCGCCUACCCCAUGGUCCUCGUCCAGAUCCCCAUGUACAACGAACGCGAGGUUUACCAGAAGUCGAUCAGGGCGGCGUGCGGGCUGUCCUGGCCGUCGGAUCGGAUCAUCAUCCAGGUGCUCGACGACUCCACGGACCCCGCCAUCAAGGAGCUGGUGCAGGUGGAGUGCCAGCGGUGGGCAAAGAAGGGCGUGAACAUCAAGUACGAGAUCCGGGACAACCGGCGUGGGUACAAGGCCGGCGCGCUCAAGGAAGGCAUGAAGCACGGCUACGUCAAGGACUGCGACUACGUGGCCAUCUUCGACGCCGACUUCCAGCCAGAGCCCGACUUCCUGACCCGCGCCAUGCCCUUCCUCAUCCACAACCCCGAGAUCGCCCUCGUCCAGGCCCGAUGGGUAUUCGUGAAUGCAAAUGAGUGCUUGAUGACAAGGAUGCAGGAGAUGUCCUUGGACUAUCACUUCAAGGUGGAGCAAGAAGUGGGUUCCUCAGCUUAUGCCUUCUUUGGUUUCAAUGGAACCGCUGGUGUGUGGCGCAUAUCUGCUCUGAAUGAGGCAGGUGGCUGGAAGGACCGAACCACGGUCGAAGACAUGGACCUGGCAGUCCGAGCAAGCCUCAAGGGAUGGAAAUUUGUGUACCUUGGUGAUCUCAAGGUAAAAAGUGAGCUCCCAAGUACGUUCAAAGCAUUUCGUUACCAGCAACAUAGAUGGUCGUGCGGGCCGGCAAAUCUGUUCAGGAAAAUGUUGAUGGAGAUUGUGAAAAAUCAGAAAGUGACGCUUUGGAAGAAAAUCUACGUCAUCUACAACUUCUUUUUCGUGCGCAAGAUAAUCGGGCACAUUUUGACGUCUGUAUUUUACUGCCUUGUUAUCCCAGCCACAGUCUUUGUUCCUGAAGUUGAGAUACCAAGGUGGGGUUACUUCUACAUUCCAACCGUUAUCACCCUUCUCAAUGCUGUUGGGACUCCAAGGUCUUUUCACUUGGUUAUCUUUUGGGUCCUGUUUGAGAAUGUCAUGUCAUUGCAUAGAACAAAGGCGACCUUCAGCGGUCUACUGGAGCUAGGGAGGGUGAAUGAGUGGGUGGUGACAGAAAAGCUUGGUGAUGUUCUGAAGAUGAAAGUACAAAGCAAAGUUAGCAAGAAGCUGCGAAUGCGGAUAAUACAAAGGUUGCAUCUUUUGGAGCUUGGUGUUGCAGCCUAUAUCUUCUUUUGUGGAUGCUAUGACCUUUUGUUUGGGAAAAGAUAUUACUAUAUCUUCCUCUUCAUGCAAUCCAUCGCUUUCUUCAUCGUCGGUGUGGGCUUUGUUGGGACAAUUGUCCCCAACUGAUAAUACUAUCAGUUUCACGGUGUAAUGUUAUCUAGAAAGAUUCAGCGUAACAGCACCGGAAGAGAAGAUAUAGAUAGGUUUGUUUUAGCUGAUGAUCAAGAAGUCUGUUUAGAGCCUCCGCAUUAUCGCAUAGAUUGUUGAAGUUUAAUUGUUUGUCUUUAGUGUAAUGUUGUACCAAAAGAUUCAGUGUAAGAGCACAUGUUUGUUUUAGCUGAUAGGCAUGUGCUGUCUGAAGCACAU